CGCGUCCCCGUCACCUUCGCUAUCCUCAUGGCUGGUUUUCAAUGAAGUCCAGCUCUCCUUCAUCAUUCUUCAUCUCUUCUGACAGCAAUCUUCAUUUUCAGAUUACAGCAGCAGCAGCAGCAGGAGUGUCUCCAGUGUUUCCCAGAGUUCCUCACUGCGGAUGAGCAGAGCAACAUUCAGCACACGGCGGACCACUGCACUUCUCACGGGCUUGGCUACUGACGGGCACACUCCUGGAGCUCAUGAAGACUGGACGGGACGGGGACGCGAUGGACGAGAGCGUCCCGCAGGAGCCUGACCUCUACAGUCCCGUGUCCCCCGUCCCGCAGGAGGAGCCGGUCUCCACAUAUUUCGAGGAGAAGGUCCCGAUCCCAGAUGAUGGAGCAGAGAAGUUGUUCAGUUUCCGCAAGCUCUGGGCCUUCACUGGACCCGGCUUCCUGAUGAGCAUCGCAUACCUGGACCCUGGAAACAUCGAGUCAGACCUGCAGUCCGGCGCUAAAGCUGGAUUCAAGCUGCUGUGGGUUCUGCUGGGCGCCACCAUCAUCGGGCUCCUGCUGCAGCGUCUGGCUGCUCGUCUCGGUGUGGUCACGGGGAUGCAUCUGGCAGAGGUCUGCAACCGACACUACCCCACGGUGCCGCGGAUCAUCCUGUGGCUGAUGGUGGAGUUGGCGAUCAUCGGCUCCGACAUGCAGGAGGUCAUCGGCUGCGCCAUAGCACUCAAUCUGCUGUCAGUCGGCAGGAUUCCUCUGUGGGCUGGAGUGCUGAUCACCAUCGUGGACACCUUCGUCUUCCUGUUUCUAGAUAAGUACGGUCUGAGGAAGCUGGAGGCCUUCUUUGGGUUCCUCAUCACCAUCAUGGCACUCAGCUUCGGCUACGAGUAUGUGCGUGUGGCUCCGGAUCAGGCUGCGGUUCUGCAGGGGAUGUUCCUGCCGUACUGCAGUGGCUGUGGACCCUCUCAGCUGGAGCAGGCGGUGGGCAUCGUGGGCGCCGUCAUCAUGCCACACAACAUCUACCUGCACUCUGCCCUCGUCAAGUCUCGAGAUAUAAACCGCAGCAAUAAGAAGGAGGUGAAGGAGGCCAAUAAGUAUUACUUCAUCGAGUCGUCCAUCGCGCUCUUCAUCUCCUUCCUCAUCAAUGUGUUCGUGGUGGCUGUGUUUGCAGAGGCCUUCUACGGGAAAACCAACAUGGAAGUGAGUCAGCAGUGUAAUGAAACAGGAAGUCCUCACACUGAACUUUUCCCAGCAAACAACGAGACGCUGGAGGUGGACAUCUACAAAGGGGGUGUGGUUCUGGGCUGUUUCUUUGGGCCGGCUGCGCUCUACAUCUGGGCUGUGGGGAUCCUGGCUGCAGGGCAGAGCUCCACCAUGACUGGCACAUACUCGGGGCAGUUCGUGAUGGAGGGUUUCCUGAACCUGCGCUGGUCCCGCUUCGCCCGUGUGCUGCUGACGCGCUCCAUCGCCAUCUUCCCCACGCUGCUGGUGGCUGUGUUUCAGGACGUGCAGCAUCUCACCGGCAUGAACGACUUCCUCAACGUGCUGCAGAGCAUGCAGCUGCCCUUCGCUCUGAUCCCCAUCCUCACCUUCACCAGUCUGACGUCUCUCAUGCACGACUUCGCUAACGGACUCGUGUGGAAGAUCGGCGGGGGUCUGGUCAUCCUGCUGGUGUGUGCCAUCAACAUGUAUUUUGUGGUUGUGUAUGUGACGGAUCUGAACAGCACCGUCCUCUACGUGCUGGCGGCGCUGCUGUCCAUCGCUUACCUCAGCUUCGUCAUAUACCUGGUGUGGAGGUGUCUGCUGGCUCUCGGGGUGUCCGCUCUGGCCUGUGGAUCCUCAGAUCAGUUUCCAGCAGCCGCUCUCAUUCAGGAGCAGCCCGAGUUUGAGUCCUGAACCAAAGACUGAAGCAGGAGCUGGGUUUCUGCACACACUCAUCCUCUGCAUGCGCACACACACACACACACACACACACAGCAGAUGAUCAUUAACAGUAGAGGGGUGUAUCUAAUAGACUAACAGCUGAUGAGCAGCGCUGAUGAUUCCACCGUUAUUUAAAGCUUCCUUUAGUUCUGUUUUUUUUGUAAUGGUGAUCUGAAAUGUUUUAAUGAAGGAACGUUAUCCUCCGUUUAUACCCUGAACAUGUGUUUUACCUGCAGUAAAUACUGACAUGAAGAGCAGUGAAGGAUUUAUUUGAGCUGAAACUUCUGCAUUAUUCUUACUUGAACACGGUGAUGCACCAAACACCGGCUGAGGAGGAUCAUUCUCCUCCAUCCUUCAUCAUUUACAGUCAGUUAUACUCUGAUCUGCUCAUUAUUAUUCAGAGACUACUCCUGCUACUACUGUACUAUCAUGCGUCACGCUGCAGAACAGUGCCUCUCUUAUUGGCAAGCCAUAUAAUCUGAAGCAGAAUAAUGAAGACUGGCUCCUUUUUCUUCCUCCAUUAUCAGAUUAUUAAACUCUCUUCAUUUCCACUCAUCAUGUCUGAAAACAACACUAUAUGUUGUGCUUGUCUAGAAGAUGCUUCUUGAUUUAAGAGUUUGUAGAUAUUUGGACCAGAAGCAAGACUAAAAGUAAGAGAAGCAUUGUUCUGCAGUGCAGUGUUCGCUUCUGAGAGAGCAACACAUCUGAGGCAGAUCAACAAUGGAAGAUAAUCAGCCAUCAAGUGCCUUUGAAUGACUGGAGAUCUGCAUGUGUCAGGCGUCUUCUGUUUCUCCUGAACGUCACCGUGCGUCGUGCUUCAGAGCAGAUUUAUACGUUAUUGUUGAAGAUGUUUUAAACACAUUCCUGACUGUCAGACAUGCAGACGUGUGUGUUUGAGUCUGUACUCCAGUGGAUGAUGAUGAUGAUGCAAUAAUAAACAUCCACCGCCA